UGUGUCAGACUUGCAGCUCUUACAGCACAGUCAAGUAGUACAUGUUUGUAUUCUCUGUAUUUUGGGCAUUGUGGAACGCCAGCUACUGAAUAUGGCAGAGAGAGUCAGAUUGGUAAAUCUUGGAAACGAUAUGACGCUUCAAGAUGUUUAUGAGUUACCAGGGGCUAUUGCAGAAGACAAUAACGAAGAAUUUUUUAAAGCUCUCAAAUUGUUGAUCUGUAAAGCAGAUAGUAACGUUCUUAAAAAUGCUGUUGUAUCCAUUGCUUUAAAAGAUUCGUUUUACAAAUUGUUUACUGGUAAUGAAGCUAAUAAAUUUACUAUCUUUAGAGAUGUUGACAAUACAGUCAAAGUUUUGUGGAAAGAUAAAGAUACCUGGGUAAAAUUGUGGGAAACAGCAAAAGGCGUUUUUAAUUGGGUUGUAGAUACAGUCAUUCAAAUACCCGCGAUAUGUUUGUCGAUUUUACAACUUGGUGCAGCCAGCAGACGAUUAGCUAUUACAUACUUUGAAUGAUUAAAUUAUUAAUGAUGAUACUAUCUUAUAUUUUAUAAAGGGUUAAUGUAAGAGUACAAAACUAUGGUCUUUGCUGUGACCCGUUCUCCCUUUACCCGACUUUAAUUUUACCAUAAAAAUAAUGAUAAUUAUAAUGAUAAACAUUAUAAUGAUAAAUAUGAUCAUAAUGUUAAUAACAAUAGGGUAAUGUAAUUAUAGGAAUAAUACAAAUUAUAAUAAAAAAAUCUAUCCUGAGUUUCGAUUGUUUAAUCAGUAAACAAUAUUUGUACUGUUGAAAAAAAACAUCAUAUCAAAUAAUAACAUCAUAAUCACAGGGAUAUAAAAAAGACAUAAGCAUUUGUGUUAAUGAUGAUAAUGGUUGUGUAGAAAUGUAGUCAUGUACGAGUUACAUAAUUUUGCAAGCAAACAAUUUUAAGAUAAAAUUGGUUGUACAGGAUAGUACAGCUGUGUAGAAAUUUAAAAACGUAUGCAUGCAAAUAAUUUUUAGUAUCUUCAAUAGAGUUUGGUUAAUUAAAUAGUUUCAUUUAA